AUGCUGUUGGUCAGAAAGUUCAAUCCAAGAAGCGCUGCAUUGGCGCCAUGCAGUCGGUGGCAGUCUUGCGGACUCUACAGGGAAACUUCUUGAGGAGCAGGGGCAUCUUAGGGUGCGAGCCGCUUCACAGAGGCGCCUCCGCUCUUUUGGAGUCCGGCGCUAGGCUUCCAACCAUCCAAGGGGGCAAGCAGCGCGUUGUAGGCCCAGUAGGUAGUGGAAUAACAACAGAGCCUGCUGCCUGGAGUAGCGUGCUGACCGGAACAUGCUCCUGCAAGUAUCGUUACCUUCUUUCUGACUUCGUGACCGACGAUGAGGCCUUCAGCAUGACGUCGCUAAGUCCCAGAGACGGUACGGGACUGCCGAUGACGAUCUGGCUGACAACAAGCAAAUACUGUCAGGAAAAGUACGCGCAUCUAAAAGUGCAAAGUAACUACGAUUGGAGAGCGCAGAUGGGAAGUUGGUUCCGUGUCAAGCUCGAAGAGCCCAUGGAAGUGAUCGGAGAUCCGCACCCUUUGACGGAGGACGAUAUCGCAGUUGUGAGAAAGUUCAUGAGACUGAACAAAGAGUUACUCUGGGAGUUCUGGGAGGUGGAGUUUUGCGUUUCCAAACUUCUCGAUAAGCUAGUGGGAAUUUGAAGGGGUCCGUACUUUUCUUGCGUGAAAGACGCCUCCAGGAUCCGAGCAGAAUGGCUCGCUUGCACGACUAUACUUACAAGGAAGUCUGUUUACAAAUAGCUUACCGGUAUCACCAUACACUGGAGAGCUACAUCGAACGCCGUUAGAGACUUGAAACCCGCCCUGAGGCGGCCUUCUCUAUAAAAGUAGGUCACAGGCAAAAACCAGAUGCGCCGAACAGCAUUUUAUCAGGCGCACCUGUGAAUCGCCGCAAAGAAUGUUAUGAUUCUUGCCGUAUUAAAUUAAGUAUGCAC